AUGGCUGUCCCGUUUUCUGCUAAAUACUCGACAGAGUCCAUUACAUUCGGACAACAGACUUGCCCGUCGGGGCCCAUUUGCAGCGGCGCGCCCGAUCCGUUUACUGGAGCACGACUGCUCAGGCGCGAUGUUCUUCGAGCCCGCAUUGAUAUCCACGCAGCACCCUUUCCGGCCGAGGAAGACGCCGCAUUGGUGGCCGCGGUAGCAUCAGGUUCCGUCUCCACAGGCACCGACAUCUGUUAG